AUGGGCUGCACCUUGAGGUGGACUGGAGCAGCGGAGCAGGUUGUGGCCGCACACACUGCACCAGACUACUUAAACCUGCUCAGAAUGUCCCAACAGCUGGUCAACUGGAACAGCGGCCUCUUCAACUGCUGUGACAGCUGUACCACAUGCUGUUAUGGCUUCUUCUGCUGCCCGUGCAUGGCCUGCUCUGUGGCCGGCGGCUUGGGGGAGAAUCGCUGUCUGCCUCUCUGUGACAUCUUCAGCCCGGCCAUCACUGCAUCCUGCGGGCUGCCCCUGUGUGUGCCCCCCUCUGCCCUGGCUCUGAGGGUCGCCAUUAGGCACAGAUAUGGUAUCAAGGGUUCUCUGUGUAAGGACAUUUGCACGUCCUGUUUCUGUGAGUGGUGCUCCUACUGCCAGAUGCAUCGUGAGAUCAAAUACCGCAAGAAACAGACCGGCCAAGUGGUCGUCAUGCAGCCACAGUAG